AUGACAGAAUUUAAGAAGGCUGAAGAUCUCUUUGAUAGACUCCUACAGGCCCAUGAGACGUUGGUUAUUAAUCAUUUACCCAAAGCCAACAGCAGCAGCAGAGAUGAAUUACCACCAUCGAAAGAGGAUUUACAACAAUAUAACAACUUCGAGAACUUAAUAAACCAGUGUGGUGAUUAUAUAUUAAAGUUUAAGAAACGCUUAUUGGAUGCCAGUAAGAAUCCUGAUGUAGCAGUGUAUGGGCCUAAGAUGAAGACUAAGGUGGAGGGGUUAAUAGAGAGAUAUGAGCAAGUAUAUGAGCAGUACCAAGAUAUCAUACAACCAUUAUUUGAGCAUGCUGUAUUAGAAGAAAAGGACAGAUUAAGAAGGGAAGAGGAGAGUAAUGCUAUUAUUAUCAAGAGACGCCAAAAGGAUAAGAAGGACGCUAUAGAAAAGGAUGUAGAACAGAAGGCUCAAUGGGCUGCUCACUUUGAUAAGACAAGAAAAGAGAUGGAGAGAGCACAGCAAGAGAGGGAAGCAGCGGAUAAGGAGAGGGCUGAUGCACAAGAUGCUGAGUUAAUAGCUAAACGUAGGGAGGAAGAGAUUAGAAUACUCUCAAUGGAUGAGGAUACUAAAAGACGAAAGGAAUUCAAACAACUCUUAGAAUCAGGCAAGAGCUGUGUACUCAUAACUGGAGGCUUCCAUGAAGCUACUAUUACAUGUCCUGGUACUGAUAGGAUAUACCUUAAUAAUAGCAGAAAAGGAUUCGUUCGUUAUGCCCUCCGUGAGGGAUAUUCCCUUACCCCUGUUUAUGGUUUUGGUGAGACUGAUACAUUCUCUAAUGUACAAGGGAUGUGGGCUUUCCGUUUCUGGCUUAAUAGUGGUACUUUCCAACUUCCAGCGGAUAUUGGUUAUGUCCAAUACUUCCUAAAAGGGAGAGGUUGA